AUGCAAGUCAAAAUUCAAGAAACUGUCACGGUUCAACCGGCCACACCACCAUUUGAUCAUGAUCAUGUUCUUCCUCUCUCCCACCUCGACACUGAUCGAAACCUCCACGUCACUUUCCGUUACCUUCGCGUUUACGCCGCCAACGACAACCACCCUGCAGAGCCUUUCCACGUCAUCACCGCCGCGCUAUCCACCGCCCUCACAUUCCGUGAAACACCUUCUGUACGCCCAGCAUGCAACACCCGUGUUGUAAAUCAGAUAGAGCUUGAAUUUUUUCGAGAGGACCUUCAAAACCGUCUUUCGAGCAACUACAAUGUACUUUUGAAGGAAAGAAAGACCCCCAUGUCCCUCUUGAAUGAUCAUCAGAAGCAAGCAAGAGUUCACCUUCUCGACACAGAGCCUUUUGCUGAUGCCUUUGGACCUAAGACAAAGAGGAAGCAGCCAAAGCUGGUGGCAUUUGAUUAUGAAUCAUUAUUGAAGAGUGCCGAUGGAUCUCAAGCAUGCAACACCCGUGUUGUAAAUCAGAUAGAGCUUGAAUUUUUUCGAGAGGAACUUCAAAACCGUCUUUCGAGCAACUACAAUGUACUUUUGAAGGAAAGAAAGACCCCCAUGUCCCUCUUGAAUGAUCAUCAGAAGCAAGCAAGAGUUCACCUUCUCGACACAGAGCCUUUUGCUGAUGCCUUUGGACCUAAGACAAAGAGGAAGCAGCCAAAGCUGGUGGCAUUUGAUUAUGAAUCAUUAUUGAAGAGUGCCGAUGGAUCUCAAGGUUUGCAAGGUUGCACCAAUUCCUGGAGAGACUAA